AACAAAACAUUAGGUUUGCGAAUCUUUUGUCAAAAUGUAAUUUUAAUUUCUUUUCAUUUAUUGGUUAAUUCUAAUUUUUUUUAUGCUAAUUAGUUGAUUAAAUAUCGGUGAAUUUUCUACUUACAAUUAGAUGGAUUGACUUGCCAGAAGAAAUGACGAGUCCAACUCAUUUUAAUCCAUCCAGAAUGUCGACAUCCAGUGAUGUGAGACCAAUUUCUCGAGCCUCGCUUAAAUCGGCGAAAUCAGAGGCUGUCAAGGUCUGUGUUAGGUGUCGUCCGAUGACGGAGAAAGAGAUUGCUGGAGGUCAUGAUAGAUUGGUUGAAAUGGAUCCAACCAAAGGUAUUGUGACACUUAAUCCGGUUAAAUCUUUAUCUAAUUCAAUGAUUGUUCAUCGGACACCAUCAUCUGGAGAGACGGUUAAACAAUUUACUUUUGAUGCUGUUUAUGAUGUUAACUCAAAACAGGCUGAGAUUUAUGAUGAAACUGUACGACCUUUAGUUGACUCGGUUCUGGAAGGUUUUAAUGGAACCGUUUUUGCUUAUGGUCAAACUGGUACCGGUAAAACUUAUACAAUGGUCGGUGUCCGUGAUGAUCCUUCUCGUCAAGGAAUUAUACCAAAUGCUUUCGAACAUAUUUUCAGUCAUAUUGCAAGAAGCUCAAAUCAACAGUAUUUGGUUAGAAGUUCGUAUCUUGAAAUUUACCAGGAACAAGUUCGUGAUCUACUUUGUAAAGAUCAAUCAAGACGAUUAGAGCUAAAGGAAAGAGCCGAUAUUGGAGUUUAUGUGAAAGAUUUGUCAUCAUUUGUCUGUAAAAGUAUCAAAGAAAUUGAACAUGUGAUGACCGUUGGAAAUCAAAAUCGUGCCGUUGGAGCGACAAAUAUGAAUGAACAUUCCUCUCGAUCUCAUGCAAUAUUCAUCAUUACAAUUGAACAUUCAACUUGCGUCGGUCCAGAUCAAGAAACUCAUAUUCGAGUUGGUAAAUUAAAUCUAGUCGAUCUUGCUGGUUCAGAGAGACAAUUUAAAACGGGAGUAGUUGGUCAGCGACAGAAAGAGGCGAUCAAAAUAAACCUGUCACUUUCCGCUCUUGGUAAUGUUAUCUCAGCUCUGGUUGAUGGUAAAUCUUCACAUAUUCCAUACAGAGAUUCGAAACUAACUCGAUUGCUUCAAGAUUCAUUGGGAGGCAAUUCAAAGACUGUCAUGGUUGCGAACAUUGGUCCAGCAAGUUACAAUUACGAGGAAACUUUAAUCACCUUACGUUACGCAUCUCGAGCUAAAAACAUCAAGAAUCGUCCAAGAGUCAAUGAAGAUCCGAAAGAUGCUUUACUUCGUGAAUUUCAAUUGGAAAUUGAAAGGUUAAAGAUUCUUUUACAGGACAAGAAAAGAAGAGAAAAGUUCACCAUUGGUGCUGAUCUACCGUCAAGUGCUCGUGAUAACAUUGUACUCGACGAAUCCGUCGCAAGUACCAAUGGUGUUGAUGAAGCUGCUGUUGAAAAACUUGCUUCCAAAAUAAAAGCAAUGGAAUCUAAAUUGUUGACCGGUGGUAAAAAUAUUAUCGACCACACAAAUCAACAGAAAGAGCUGGAAGUGAAACGUCAAGAAAUCGCGGAACAGAAACGCAGAGAACGUGAAAUGGUACAACGGUUAGAGGAACAGGAAGAAUCGACUAUUGAGAUUCGAGACACUUUUAGCUCAAUGCAACAGGAAGUAGAAUUGAAGAAACGCAAAUUGAGGAAAUUAUUCGCUAAAUUGCAAUCAGUUAAAAGCGAAAUCGAAGACACAAUGGAAGCCAAUAGUCGGGAACGACGGGAAUUGGAAGAAUUACAAAAUGAUCUGAUGAAGGAAUUGAAACUUAAAUAUUUGAUUAUUGAAAAUUUUAUUCCCUUGGAGGAUAAAAAUGUUUUCCUUAGUCGAGUUACUUAUGAUGAAGAUGACGAGGAAUGGAGAUACAGUCGAUUAAGUAAAGUUGAAUCACUAAUGAUCAAUCAACGACCUGUUGCUCGACCUGGAUAUCUAAGGCCAACAACCGAAUCCGCUCGAGUUGCAUCAACUCUGGGAUCAUGGUUACCAUUUAAAGGGGAUAAUGUGAUUAAAUUUGAUCUAAUUAUGCCCAAUCGAAUAACCAAAGACUAUAAUAUACGAAAUGCACAAAAAUCGGCUUUAGAAUCAGCAUUUAGACCGGAAGAGGAAAUUCUAAUCGAUGCAAGUAACUUACAAAACAAAAUGGAUUCUACUCGAUCUCGACAUCGACACAAAUCGGAAUCAAGUAAACAAUCAACUCGACCCAAGACAAGUUCGCGACAUUCCCGAACCUCAAUGGACCAUCACCCCCAAUCAUUAAGGCCAGACACCGCUGGUUAUAUCAACCACUGGAAAGGAAUAGAAUCUGGACAAUUAAGCGGAGACGAUUAUUAAUUUACGAACCACCUGAAUUAAUCUCAUCAACUAAUUGUUAUAACAAUUCAACAACAACAACUACAACUUCAGAGUCACUGUUAUUUUUCAUUCUAAUCAUUCAUGUUAUUAUUUGUUUAUGUUUUGUUUUUAUUUUAAUUUCUUAAUUUAUUUUUAAUUUAUCAUCACCAUAAUAAUGAGUAACAUGACAUGUUAGUGGUUGUCUGGCUUAUAAUUACAAUCAACUAAACUCAAAAUAAAAACUAGUCACCAAUUAAAGCUAAUUAACUCAAAACAA